AAAGAGAGCAAAGCAUCUCAACCCAUGGCAAAAGAUCACCUAGCACACGAGUUAAUCACCAGCAAAAUACUAUGUUUUUUUACCAGUCAAGAGUCUAGUACUAUUCCAGAGCCAAUCAAAAUCAUUUCACUCCCUCAUUCAAGAUCCAUGGUUCAUCCGCUCUCAUCUUCAAGAAUCCACCAAAACCGCCUCUGAUGCCGUUCUUGUUAGUGUUGUUACGCAUGGAGACCUCGUGAUGGGCAACCAGAUGAGAUCAGAUUUCUGUUUGGCUGGUAUUAAUUCACUUCAUAAUCUUAAUUGGGUUGAUUCCCCUCUAGAGUACGACAACAUCUACAUACUUGGUUCAUGCAACGGAUUGAUUUGUUUGUUGAUUUUACAUCAAUAUGUUAUCCUCGCAAACAUGACACUUAAAGAUUACCACAUCACCUCAAUCCCGUACUCAUCAACAAAGUCUCCAUGUCAUAUGGAUUUGGGUAUAUAUGAUUCGAUCAGUGAUGACUACAAGGUUGUUAUGUUCUCCUUGUGCGGUGACCGUGAAGAUGUUUCCUAUGCUGAAACAAGAAUAUGCAGUCUGAGAAAUAAUGCGUGGAGUGAAGCGGUACAAAGAGUUGGCCAGAGAAAAGUAUCUCCUAAUCUACUCUCCUCCCUAAGGGAAACGAUGCCAUUGUCAAAUGGACUGUUUGCAUGUGGUGCCCUUCAUUGGCUGGCAUGGGACAAAUCAGUCGCGGCUUACAUCCUUACUUUCGAUCUUGUGGCUAAAGAAUUUGGCGAAAUUUUAUUACCUGACUAUCUUCAAAGUUAUAUGAGAGAAGAGUUAUAUUUUCUCAUUGACAAAAAUGUUAGAACAUUACAUCCGGCUGGGAGUUUUUAAAGGGUGCCUGUGUGUGUCAAUGAAAACCUUUAUUGAUG